AAAAAAAAACCGACUUGCAAAGGUCACUAAAUUAAAUAAAGACUGCAAAGGCAAAUGUCUGUGAGAGGCUCAACUGAGUAGUUCUGCAAAAAGAAAGCGGUGUCAUGUGCGUUCGCGCACAUCUGUCUCCGGUAAUCUCAUUCGGUUGCUGCAUGUGCACUCAGGUGGGAUUGAGUUCUCUCCUUCACCUUUGGAUGCGACUCCAAAAGUGCUGCAUGUUCUCUUCCGCACACCAACACCUUUGUUAGUCUAUUCUACCUCAGUCGGCCGUAAGUUUUUAUCUAAAAAAACAAACUUACUUAUUCAGCUACCGGAGUGUCUGGUCCACCAACGAUGCCUCAACAGGGCUCUUCGGCUCCUGGUGGGAAUCUCUGUGCCCAGGGUACAUCAAACUCCGGAUACAACACCAACCCAGUGCCGAUCACACAAACUGACACCAGGGACCGAUGGAGCAAAAAGAUGGAUUUCCUUUUAUCUGUCAUUGGCUUCGCUGUGGAUCUUGGAAAUGUCUGGAGAUUUCCAUAUAUAUGUUAUCAAAAUGGUGGUGGUGCGUUUCUCAUCCCUUACAUUCUCAUGGCGAUCUUCGGAGGCGUGCCUCUCUUCUACAUGGAGUUAGCGUUGGGACAGUUCCACAGGACAGGGGCCAUCUCCAUAUGGAAACACAUCUGCCCCAUAUUUAAAGGAAUAGGGUAUGCCAUCUGCAUCAUCGCCCUCUAUGUCUCCUUCUACUACAACACCAUCAUUGCCUGGGCCCUUUUCUACUUCUACUCCUCCUUCUCCAGUACACUACCCUGGACCAGCUGCAACAACGCCUGGAAUACGGAAAACUGCACCGACUACUUCCAGAACAGCGUCAACUGGACCAACUUCUCUCGCUCACCGGCAGAGGAGUUCUACACGAGGAACGUGCUGCAGAUCCAGAGCGCCGACGGGCUCAGUAACGUGGGAGGCAUCCGCUGGCAGCUCACGCUCUGCCUCUUCCUCAUCUUCACCAUUGUCUACUUCAGCCUCUGGAAGGGCGUGAAGACCUCAGGGAAGGUGGUGUGGGUGACUGCCACCCUGCCGUACGUGGUGCUUCUGAUCCUGCUCAUCCGGGGGGCCACGCUGCCGGGGGCCUGGAGGGGUGUGGUGUUCUACCUGCAGCCCAAGUGGGACAAACUCCUGGAGACCAGUGUGUGGGUAGAUGCUGCCGCACAGAUCUUCUUCUCUUUAGGACCUGGCUUCGGAGUCCUUCUUGCACUCUCCAGCUACAAUCCCUUCACUAACAACUGCUACAGGGAUGCCAUAGUAACCAGUUUGGUGAACUGUUUGACCAGUUUUGUCUCUGGUUUCGUCAUCUUCACUGUGCUGGGACAUAUGGCUCAGAAACGCGGGGUCAAUGUGGAAGACGUCGCAAAAGAUACAGGGCCAAGUUUGCUCUUCAUAACUUACCCAGAAGCCAUUGCAAAUAUGGUGGGCCCAACAUUUUUUGCCAUCAUAUUCUUCAUGAUGAUGAUCACACUGGGACUGGACAGCACGUUCGGAGGGCUGGAGGCUAUCAUCACAGCCGUCAUGGAUGAGUACCCAGACUACCUGUCCCAGCGUCGGGAGCUUUUUGUCCUCGGCCUCGUCGUGCUGUGCUUUAUGGGCUCUCUCAGCACACUCACUCACGGGGGUGCGUAUGUGGUUAAAUUGCUGGAGGAGUUUGGGGUUGGCAGUUCCAUCAUUGCUGUUGUUUUCCUGGAGGCCAUUGCUGUUUCCUGGUUCUACGGUAUCACAAGGUUCAGUAAUGACAUCAAGUCCAUGCUGGGCUACAGUCCUGGGAUGUUUUGGAAGGUGUGCUGGGUAGCCAUUAGCCCAGCCUUUCUGGCCUAUAUUAUAGUGAGUUCACUACUCAACCCUCAGCCCCUUACCCUCUUCGACUACAAGUACCCAGGCUGGACCAUCAGUGUGGGCCGCCUCGUUGGAGCCUCCUCCUUCAUGUGGAUUCCCAUUUACAUGGUUUACAAGCUGGCGUGGACUCCUGGAUCUCUGAAGCAGCGCCUUGCAGUGUGUUUGAAUCCAGAACGAACAUUACCGGACCAUCACACGGAUGGGAUUGGCAUGGUUGCUGUCCAAUAGUCAUUUACAGCACUGGGCAGAACUGGACAUUAUCCUGGGUCUCCAGACAAGACAUCCAGACAAGACUUCCAAGAUAAUAAUACACAUAAUACAUAAUACAUAAUUCAUAAUAAUUCAUAAUUAAUACUAUAGAUGACUUGGUGUCAAAGCCACUAUUAAUUUAAAAUGUAAUACAUAUGAUGUCAAAAGUAUUCUGAAAUCUUACCCUGGAUCCAACUACGACAAUGAAAUUACACUAAGCCUAGUAUUCCACCUCAGGUUUAAAAGCCUAUUUUGACAUGCAAGAAAGGCAGACAAUAAAAGUGCAGCAAAAGAAACGAAUGAAAAAGGCCAACAUUAUUUCUUUACCAAAUAUUGUUUGAAAAUUGAAGUGUUUCAUGUAAUUAUUUUUGAAAACACAUUUUGUAAACUGAAUUUUGAUGUAUUACGUUAGAUGUGUGAACUAAACUAAGAUUAUGUUAUGUGACAUUUAUGUGUCUAAAACACUAACAUAUGUAUGAGAACACUUUUAUAAAUGUAAUGAUUGGGUUUUAUAUUUGGCCCCAUAUGAGGCACUGUGGUACAAAUAUGGUCCCUAAAAAGCCAAGAGAGAGUGCGUUAUUUGGAACAUGAGGAUUUCACUCUUAAUAAGAUCAGUUAUAUUAAGAUAAUCCAAUAUCAGUGUAGCCCCCUUGCAUAACUGUUCCGAAAUAAAUGUGGUACCCGCCAAAAAACGCUCCCAAACGGUUUGGUUCUAAUGUAAAAUGACCAAAUAAUAUAGGUUGUGGUCUUACUUCAAAGAUAUGUCUGUGUAUCUUCAUAGUAAUGGAAAUGGCCGUAUGACAAAAUUGAGAGUUUGGGAAAUACAAGAAUUUUCCCCAAAUAUUUCAAGGCUGAUCCUAUAUGCAUGCAUGUUGACAUAGGAUGAGGAUUACUUGCAAAUGAUAUGCCAGUGAGAAGAUUACCUCAUCAUUAACAAAAUAUAAACAAGUCCACUUCUGUCCCUCUUUCCUGUUAGUGAAUCAAAAAUGUUAUUGUUUUCUGCCUUAAAUUAUGUAUUGUAGAUAUGUCAAAGACUUAUACUGUCUGUAUUGAUAUUGUGCCUCUCCAGACUUACAAAACUAUAUUGCUAUUUUCACUAUGUAAUUACAUGAAAAGACUGUUUAAAGGUUCUUUUGUCAGUUCAGAAGAUACUGUUACUAAGUCUAAAAGCCAAGCAUGUAUUUAAGAUUUAACAUAUGUUCAAUUGUAUGAUGUUAUAAUGAAUCAAAAUCUUGCUAACUAUGGGAUGCAUAAUUUAAGUACAAGUAUAAUAUGAAUGUGUUGUGUGAGAUGAGAAGUUUUAUGUGUGUGUAAAGUAUGUUGUGAUUUUAAAAUUUCUCUU